AUGGACAGACAGCAGUGGAGGAACACGACUGAACACGGCUCCACCAACAUCAAGUCAUCGCAUGAUGGCACGUUGUUGGACGACCAGCUAGUGUCCAUUGGCCACUUUAAAACCUUGAAGAGCGUCACGUUGAGCCGAAGGUCAUGGCUCAGGACAUUGAGAGCAGCUGUACAGAGCGUUCUCACCCUUUGGAAGCGUCGUCAGUGCCAAGUGGAUGAUGGAGGCCGGCCUGAGAAGCAGGACAGCAGCAGCGAAUCACUUCCUGCUGGACAGUUUACGUCUGCUGUUCCUCAAGUUCAAAAACGCCUUGACGUUCACCCUGCAAACCAGCUGGCGCUCCAGCCCAUCAGUCGACAGACAGCAGCGUGCGUCCUCGCUCAGGGAUUUAUAGAGGAUGUACAUCUUGACCUGUCUACAGGUGAGAGUCUCCCGCUGGAUGGUGUUCAUACUCAGCCUCCGCACCUGCUGGUCUCUCAGGUGCUUCUGGAAUACUGGGCAAGUCAAGCAGAGUUGGAUGUGUUGCGUCCCAUGCGACUGCUCGCCCUGCCUGCACCCAGUGAUGAUGCUGAAGUUAUCGCUCACUUAUCUCAGAUUCCUAAAAUUCUGCCUGAUGGUGCAACAGCUCCUGUCAAAACAGAAGCUCAACAGCUGGGUGAGUCUUCACAUCAGUCACCAUCCAUGUGGGGGCGCUGGUUCUGGAUGACAUUAAAUAGAUGUUUGACGUCCAGAAGCCUGAGCUGCCCCACCAGCUGGAGCAUCACCAAUGUACAGACAACACGCAGACAUCACAAACGGAUCUAUGGCAGAACAAGACAAACAUGAAGCCUUGAUGAACAUGUCAAAGCUGUUCAUUGUAAAUAAUUGUACAUAUGUAAAUAAAAAUGGAAUAAGAAUGAA